GGCGCGGUUCGGGCGGUCUCGGGGUACGGCCCGGGGCUGGGGGCGGCGCCGGCCGCUCGGGGCACGGCAGGGAGGCGGUGCCGGAGCCGCCGCGGUGCCGGAGCCGCUGCGGUGCCGCUCGGGGGCGGGCCGGGCCCGGCGGCCGUUCCGCCCCCCCGCGCUGCGGCCGGGGCUCGGCCCCGCUCCGUCCCGCGGCGCAGGGAGCCGGGCCGGUGCCAGGGCCGCCGCCCGGCCGGGCCGCAGCCCCAGCGCCAUGGCCCGAGUCUCGGCGAUGAUCAGCCCGGUGCUGGUGCUCUUCGGCUGCGACCUGUGUCUCGUACGAGCCAACAGGCCACCGUCCCCUGUCAACGUGACUGUGACGCAGCUGAAGGCAAACUCUGCCACCGUGUCCUGGGACGUACCAGAAGGAGACGUGGUCAUUGGCUACGCCAUCCUACAGCAGAGGCAGGACGGGCAGAUGCAGCGCUUCAUCCGGGAGGUGAACACCACCAACCGUGCCUGUGUGCUGUGGGACCUGGCAGAGGAUGCUGACUACAUCAUCCAGGUGCAGAGCAUUGGCCUGUACGGGGAGAGCCAGGCUAGCAAGCGCGUGCACUUCCGCACCCUGAAGGAGACUGACCGCCUGCCCUCCAACAGCUCCAACCAAGGUGACAUCACCAUGGAAGGGCUGGACAAAGACCGGCAGCUGCAGACAGGAGAGAUUAUCAUCAUUGUGGCUGUGCUGCUCAUGUGGGCAGCGGUGAUCGCCCUGUUCUGCAGACAAUAUGACAUCAUCAAGGAUAAUGACUCCAACAACAACAAGGAGAAGACAAAGCCGUCCUCAGAGCACAGCACGCCAGAGCGACCAAGCGGAGGGCUGCUGCGGAGCAAGAAAUCUCCCUCAGUCAACAUCAUCGAGGUGUAAGUGCAACACCAGCUCUGCCGUCUGGGAUCUUGGGUGUCCUGCCAGAGCCAAAGCAGGCCUUGGAAGAAGAGGCAGCACCAGGCGCGCAGCCUGGAACUCAGCAUGCGAAGAUCCAUGUAUCAGAACUCCCGCUUUCCUGAGGGCCCCUGUCUGGGGAUGUGCACGGAGCCAGCUCCAAGCCGUGCAUGCAGAGCAUGGCCCUGCCCAUCCCGCACACCGGGCCCUUCCCCUCUCCCGCUGGGAGCAUGAGCUGAAGCUGAGCUGAGGCCGAGCUGAGGCUGAGCUGAGGCCGAGCUGAGGCCGGGUGGGGCCACCCCAGCGGCCAGGGUGGGAGGGAGCCCAGGGGAGCCGAUGGGCUGACGCACUGGCCUGAGGGGAGGCCGUGUCCCUGUGCCCGGCUUGGCCAAAGCCCUGGGUGCAGCUGUGGCGCCAGACUGUGCCCAGCAUCAGCGGGCAGACCUUGCUCUCAGCUGCCUCUUUGGCCUUGGGGGCUGCUUGCAGAGAGCAGGAGCUGCUCCCCUCAGGGCCAUGGGGCUGGGGAAACAGGGCGGUGCAGGCAUUGCCCAGCACUGCCAGGAGAGCUGUAGGUGGAAGGAGGGUUUGUCUGCGGGGCUGGGCCCAGCCAGCACAGGCGUGAGUGGAUUGCUGCUGGAGAACAGGCUCCACUGCACCCUGUCAUGGGCAUGCAGGGGCUUCAAAUUCCCUGUCUGCUGCAGAGGACAAAGACACGAGGGACGAUGAGGAGCUAGUGCUGUGACAGUGCCUGGCCAGCCCGCAGAGCCUGCAGGGGCUGGGGCAGGGAGUGCUGGUGGAAGCCCCACAGGGCUGGGGGAGUGGGCAGUGCCAGGGCUGCGGCUGUGCUGUGGCCCCAGUGGGGCUGAGUGCUCAGGCUGUUGCAGGGGAGCUGCCAAGCACUUUUUGAGCAGCACAGUGCCUGUGCUGCCUGGAGGAGACAAUGUGGUGAGGCCUGCAAGGUCUCACUUGGAGGAAGUGGGGUGAAACAAGGAGGCUCCCUGCUGCCCUGGCUGCUGCUCUCCCUCCAUGCUCUGCUCUGCAGCCUGUCACAGACAGGCUCAGCAGCCCUGGACUCAAGUACCACAGGAUCCAGCGUCUUCCAGGAAUAAAUCUCCCAGUAAAAGCACUUUCAGGACUUUUCCUUCCAGGUGCUGCUCAGCUCCUGCUGCUCCUGCUGCAAGACUAGGCGGGGAAGGGACGGGAUAAGCGACUCCUGUAGCAGGGUCUUUUCAAUAAAAGCAUCCUGGCUCAAAGGCAGCAUCAGAGC